UAGCCUGCUCGUCUCAGUCAGGCACAGGUGUCUGGCCGGCGGUAAGGAAAGAAAAGUCUAGACAGCAGACAGGGUGACGACAGAGCGAGGAGAGUCACCGGCGGAUGAUUUUAGUUAUCGAACCGCUAAGACUUAUGGGAAAAGUGGAUUAAUCAUAAAGGGUGCAAGGUUUGGAUCCGAAAGAGGUGGAGAGAGAGUUUGAACCCUCAGUUUCUCAUUCUACCCUAUGACCUCACGAGAGGUGUGGCAUGCUGGCAUCAUCUUUCUUUCAUUCACUCUCCUAACCCCACACGCUCGCUUAAAAGGGACUCAGAGACAAGCACUGGCUUCCAAUCGCGGUCGGGUGAGCCGUUCGGCCGGGGCUGAUUAUUAUUUUCUUACAGCAGAUCUCUAGCCAAUAAGAGGAAGAGCGUUCGACUUUGAGAAAGAGGAGGCUGAACGAAACGAGACAGAUAUGCCACAGAACGUGGUGCUGGACGGGCCAGCCCCUUGGGGAUUUCGCCUGUCAGGAGGCAAAGAUUUUAACCAGCCGCUGACCAUAACUCGGGUGACACCAGGAAGUAAGGCAUCUCGGGUCAACCUGUGUCCAGGAGACAUCAUCCUGGCCAUCCAGGGAGCGUCCACUGAUGGUAUGACUCACGCUGAAGCUCAGAACAAGAUCAAAGACUCCACCAAUCAGCUUUUCCUCAAGAUAGAGAGGCCAGAAACUAAAAUGUGGUCACCUCAGGUUAUAGAAGAGGGGAAAGUGAACCCAUUCAAAAUCAAUUUGGAGGCAGAGAAGCAGGAGUAUAAACCUAUUGGCACAGGUCAUAACAGAAGAGCACAGCCCUUUGUGGCUGCCGCCAGUCUGGAUGACAAAACACAGGUGGUGAGCUCCACCUACAACACUCCCAUAGGCCUCUACUCUCAAGAUAACAUCCAGGACGCCCUGCAAGGACAGAUCCGGGGUCUGGUGCAUGAAAAGCCUGAGGGUGACACUACAUCCCAGACGCUGAUGGGAAAUGUAGCUCAGAUGCCUGGCACCCCGUCGGCUGGGUCCAAGGCAGCUCUUUCUGCACAGUAUAACUCCCCCAUCGCAUUAUACUCAGCAGACAAUGUCUCAAAUACACUGCAGCAGGCUCAGAUGUCCACUGUAGUCAGGCAGGCAUCGCCAAGCCCUAAACCCCUGACGUCCAUUGAAGACUCUCAUGUGUACCGUAUGCUCCAGGACAGCCAAGAGCUGCCACAUGAACCACGUCAGUCUGGAUCCUUUAAGGCCCUUCAAGACUAUGUGGAGAGUGACGGCACGAGGCCCAUGGUGACUAGAAGUGUAAAAGCCCCAGUGACAAAGCCCCAAGCUCAAGCAUCCUCACUCCAGAAGCUGCCUCUGUGUGAUAAAUGUGGCACUGGCAUUGUUGGACCGGUGGUGAAAGCUCGGGACAAGUACCGCCAUCCAGCCUGUUUUGUGUGCUCAGAUUGCGGCUUGAACUUGAAGCAGAAGGGCUACUUUUUCGUGGAGGGACAGAUGUACUGUGAAGCCCAUGCUCGACUGAGAAUGACCCCACCUGAGGGACAUGAUCUUGUCACUGUAUAUCCUACCGCUUAGAGGGACGGACAGUUCAAAUGAGAUGAUUAUCGCUUCAUGAUGUUCUGUUAUUCAUUUCUUCAUUUUAGUUUAUACAGGGAAGUAUAAGGACAAUUUAAAACCAUACACACCAGGUAUUACAAUGUUUUUAGUGAUGUGAUGAUUACUCAUUUCCUAUUUGCACCUGGUAUUUACAUGCAUUAGGCAUUGCUUCUCCGUGGUUCGAGAUGCAUUCAGAAUGGACUGAAUUUAAAAGCAGUUAGUAUUUCUGAUUACCUUUGAUUGGUUCUCUGAUGCAAUUUCAAAACAUUUUAGACCCCACAAAGCAUUUUGAGCACUGGCAACUUGUGAUCUUAUCACAGUUAAUACUAGGUGUAAAUGGGGUCUAUACUCUCAAAACUCUAAAGGCCUUGAUCUAGUUCUUGUUGAAAAGCUGUUAAUUAACUCUUCCACUUCUCGCAUAUUAGGCUUCUGUGCAGAGCAAGCACUGAAAUCAAACAAACUAAUCCCUUUGGGUUUCAGUUAUUUUUAAAAUAAGAAAGAUAAUUUAGUAUUUAAUACAGUUUCAAAUAUGGCAUCAUCUAGUAACAAAGUAUUUGGUAAUUGUUUCCCAGUACUACUAUUUUAAUUAUUAUUAUUAUUAUUCACUUGAUUACUAUUUCUUGGGCUGCAUUGUUUAAUUUUUUUUUUCCAAAUCUCAUGUUCCUAAAUUAAUUUAUAAGCAUGAUUCACACAAAGCAGAAAACAGUCAUUAUUUUCUCAGCUAUCCCUUGAAGGCCGUCCACCUUUUAUAUGCACCUCAUUAUACUACUGACAAAAUGAUACACGGUGGUUAAACAUCACUUGUACAAUUAAACUUCUCUAGAUGGUACGAAAGA